AUGAUUGCAGGGAACGGGGGCCGCACGGAGGAGGACAGGAAACAGAGAGCAGGAAACCAUGUCCUCGAGGAGAGAGGGAAGAAGUCAACAGGCAGAGACUCCGAGGAGACUGUGGUCAAGUUGGAGAAACUGCGGUAUGGAGACUUGGAGGCCGGCCACGCAGCUGAAGUCUACAUCAAACUAGAUAUCCGGGUGGACGGUCCUCUGGAGGGAGGAGUGCAGUACGAGACAGUGAGCGUGAUGAAGGACAGCGGCGCCAUCCUCCGGGACAUGGCCUUCUCCCUGGACAGGAACUAUCUCUACGUGAUGUCUGACAACCAGGUGGCUCAAGUCCCAGUGGAGGCCUGUGAGCAGUACAGCACAUGUGCCGAGUGCCUGAGCUCCGGAGAUCCUCACUGUGGCUGGUGUGUCCUGUACAACAUGUGCUCGAGGAAGGACCGGUGUCAGAGGGCAGAGGAGACCUUCCGCUUCGCCACUGAAAUUGACCGCUGUGUGAAAGUUAUCGCUCAUCCGGACAGCAUUGCUGUGUCAGCACAUAGUGUCCCUCUUUUGCUGGAGGUAAAUAACGUUCCAGACCUUUCCGCCGGAGUCACCUGUUCCUUUGGCCAGCAGGCCCAAGUGGAGGGCCACGUCAAGGGGGACAGGGUCAUGUGUCUGUCCCCGGCCGGGAAGGAGGUCCCACAGAUACCAGAGGGACAAGACUGGGCUGGCGUAGAACUUCGUCUAAACUCAAAGGAGACGGGUCAAAUGGUCGCCAGCACGGAGGUGAAGUUCUACAACUGCAGCACGCAUCAAACGUGUCUGUCCUGUGUAAACAGCACUUUCCGCUGCCACUGGUGUAAAUACCGGAACCUGUGCACCCACGACCCGAGCAGCUGUUCGUUCCAGGAGGGGAGAGUCAACGCCUCGGAGGACUGCCCUCAGCUGCUUCACUCUGGGGAAAUUCUCAUCCCGGCCGGCGAAGUCAGACCCAUCACCCUGAAAGCCCGGAACCUUCCCCAGCCGCAGUCGGGCCAGCGGGGCUACGAGUGCGUGGUGCACUUGCAGGGCGUCAUCCACCGUGUCACGGCGCUGCGCUUCAACAGCACCAGUGUGCAGUGCCAGAACAGCUCGUACGUGUACGAGGGUGUGAAGAUCAGUGACCUGGCAGUGGACCUCUCAAUCGUAUGGAACGGCAAUUUCAUCAUCGACAAUCCCGAGAAGAUUAAAGUGCAUCUCUACAAGUGCAGUGCCCAGCGGGACAGCUGUGGCAUGUGUCUGCGGGCGGAGAGGAAGUUCCAGUGCGGCUGGUGCAGCGGCGAGGGCAGAUGCACCAUGAAGCAGCAUUGUCCUCCCAUCUCCCCCUACGCAAGCCGCUGGCUGGACCUCUCUGCCAGGAACGUCAAGUGCACCAACCCACGCAUUACCGAGGUGAGCCCCGUGGCAGGGCCUCUGGAGGGGGGCACCCUGGUGACCAUCCAGGGCCUGAACCUGGGUCUGUCCUUCUCCGAGCUGGAGGGUAACGUGGAGGUGGCAGGAGUGAAGUGCACGCCGCAGGAGGACGGAUACAUCACAGCAGAACAGUAA